AUGCCUCAUUCAUCCUCCGACGAGGAUGCGCUCUGCUCCCAAGAACGAUCUUCCCUCUGGUCCCGUUUCGGCGCCCGCUUCAGCGGCGCCUUCAGCGGCGCAGACCCUCGAGUCUGUGUCGCAUUUUGGCUGUUUGGCCUGAUCAACAAUGUCCUUUAUGUGAUCAUUCUCUCCGCAGCCGUAGAUCUAGUCGGCCCAGAUAUACCCAAAGGCGUUGUUCUUCUCGCGGAUGUGAUCCCCUCGUUUGUGACCAAGCUCGUCGCCCCGUACUUCAUCCACCUGGUCCCGUACUGGAUGCGCGUCAUCAUAUUCGUCUUCCUGUCAGCUGUCGGUAUGCUGGUUGUGGCCAUGAGCCCGAGCUAUACGGAUGGAGGUACAAUUUCGUCGAAGAUCGCAGGGAUCAUUCUGGCUAGCUUCUCUAGCGGUGGCGGUGAGCUAAGCUUCAUGGGUCUCACGCAUUACUACGGCCCGUUCAGUCUGGCAGCGUGGGGCAGUGGGACUGGUGCUGCCGGUUUGAUCGGGGCUGGUGCUUACGCCCUGGCGACUUCGGCACUGGGGCUCUCUGUCCGUAGCACAUUGUUGGUUUCCGCAUGCCUACCUGCUGUGAUGGUGCUGAGCUUCUUCGUCGUGCUACCCAAGUCACCUCUGCGGUCUGCCGAAUCUGCAGAUAGAUACCGUGUCAUUGAAGGCGGAGAGGAAGUGGAGGAAGAUGAGAUGGAUAGCGGACGUGGGGAAAACGAGGGACUUCUGGGGUUGUCGCACGGUGCCACCACUUCUCAGAAGUCCGCGCAACUCGGUCAAGAUGGUUCCUGGAAGGAUCAGGCUAUGUUGAAUCUUCGUCGCGUGAAGGCUUUAUUUAUCCCUUUUAUGGUUCCCAUGCUGCUCGUUUAUAUUGCCGAGUAUGUGAUCAAUCAAGGGGUUGCACCUACUCUACUUUUUCCCUUGCGCGAGUCGCCCUUCGAGCACUUCCGAUCUUUCUACCCCACCUACAAUGCCAUCUACCAGAUCGGUGUGUUCAUCUCCCGCUCCUCUACCCCGUUCUACCGCAUUCAUCAUCUGUACCUCCCUUCGCUAUUGCAGGUACUCAAUCUGGUGGUGCUGACUCUUCACGCUUUGUUCGACUUCAUCCCGAGUGUCUGGAUUGUGUUCAUCAUCAUAUUCUGGGAGGGACUUCUCGGUGGCGUGGUGUAUGUCAACACCUUUGCCGAGAUAACUGAUCGUGUACCGAAAGAGGACCGUGAAUUCUCACUCGGAGCGACCACUGUCAGUGACUCUGGUGGUAUCUGUAUUGCCGGACUGCUCAGUAUGGGAUGGGAGGUCUCGUUGUGUAAUUGGCAAGUAGGACAUGGACGGGACUAUUGCCGUCAAAAAGUAUGGACCCUACAGCCACCGACUGGGGCAUACGAGUCUAAAGAACAUCUAGAUCACGUCUUGGGGAGACCCUCCACCCGCUUUCGCAAGAUCCAAGUAUUUGCGGUAGUCUCUUUUUGGUCGAUUUACUUGCUUAAAGCGGAUAAACAUGGUCCACCAUUCAUUCGAUCACUCUCGUCCCGCUUCACGAGCAAAUUAACAACAUGGCAGACCACCGUCAUCAUAUUUCUCUGGCUCUACCUCAGCCGAAACUUUGCCAAGAUUGUCGGCCUCGAAUGCCCGGAGCCAUUAGCAAACAUGUACUCACGGUCCUUCUUCCGCGCAACGUGGAUCACCACAGGUCUGGAUGCUGGAUUUUGGACUGCUAUGAACAUAAAGCCCAAAUGGUUGAGGGAUAUAGCCUCUUUGGUCUUCACGGUCUACUACUUGGUCGCUGCCGAACAAGCGGACGAGAAGGUCCGUCGUGUCCGGGCCACUUUGACGCUGGAGCAUCUGCGUGUUUCUUGGAACAAAGCGACUAGUCCCUACUUGUGGAAUCUGGCGAGACUAUUACGGCCACGAAUGACACAAUAUCCGGCUCGGGCGAUUAGAAUCCCUCGGCCAGCACAGUCAAUCUAUACCGAGCCGGUGAAUGCAUGGCUUUACUUCGAUGGCCCGCUCAGUGCAUUGAAGCAACAAAAAUCCAUCGUGUUAGAUGUUCCGGGCGGUGGUUUUGUGGCCAUGAGCCCUAGGAAUUCAGAGGAUAAGUUACUUGCCUGGGCGGGUCGACUCAAAGUGCCCGUUCUUAGCGUCGACUACAAGAAGGCGCCAGAAUAUGCGUAUCCACAUGCGCUACACGAAUGCUAUGAUGUUUAUCAUAGCAUCGUUGCUACGAACGGUCGUUGCAUGGGCCUUGAAGGCAAGCUUCGACCACAAAUUCUCGUCACCGGUGAGAGUGCUGGUGGCAAUCUAGCUGUAGGAAUGACUUUGAUGAUCUUGCAAUCUGCGAUGUCUCAGGGAUGGCGUCGAGAGGAUGAGCUUCCUGCUCCUGAUGGUCUUGUUCUGGGAUAUCCUGCCCUCAAUAUGAGGGUAGAAAGCUGGAUGAGCGACGAGCAGAUGUCUCUGAUUCAAGACAAAAGCUCUCGACAGACUAACCGCAGUGUCCUUCAACGAAAGCAAGACCAAUAUCGCAAACUCACCCCUUUUACUUCUCCCGGUCGCUCGGUCGAAGAUCUGACCGCAAUCUCACCACCAGACAAGGCAAAAGACAAGGAGACCGAUAUCGCAACCGAGACUGCCAAAUCUUUGGAGAAGAAGCUUCAGAAGAACGAGGAGCUGGGUACAAAAGCUCUGGCCAAACAAGAGGAUAAUGUCAAACCAAUUAAGACCAGGCUUGCCGUCUCUUCUAUGAUCACCUAUGUGCAUGAUCGAAUCCUCACACCCGAAAUGACUCGUGCAAUGAUCAUUUUGUAUAUCGGACCACAUCACCGCCCAGAUUUCAACACCGAUUUUCUUCUGUCGCCUGUUCUAGCUCCCGAUGCCCUACUUGCUCGGUUCCCAAAGACAUACAUCAUGACUGGAGAGCGAGACCCUCUGGUUGAUGACACCGUGAUUUUCGCAGGAAGAUUGCGCCAGGCGAAACUUCAUCAGUUCCGUGAGCGCCAGGACUUGGGACUAGAGAAAACCAACCGCCCCUUCAAUGAAAAGAAUUACGUUGAAUUGUCCCUCAUCCCUGGCGUGUCACAUGGAUUCAUGCAAAUGGCUGGAUUCUUCCCGGAUGCGUGGAAGUAUAUCAAUCGCAGUGCAGACUGGCUUGAAAACUUAUUCAAGAACAAUGAGACGGAAAAUGCCCUUGCAAACUCACUGGGCAUUGAAGAGGGCGCACAAGCAAACACCUCCCUUAAGUGGUCCGGCUCUGCAGAUCAUGGAAAGACCCCCUCGAAACAAGGGCGCAAUCAUCGCCGAAUCCUAACCGGCGAGUCCUCCGGGGAUGAUGAUAGACCUUUGGAGAUGAGCAUGAGCAAGAUCAAUCUGAACACCGGCGAUGCGGCAUCGGAGCCAAAGCCCGAGCACCGUACACGCCGGCGAAGAUCGCGAUCUUCAUUUGCUUCUUCGCAGUUCACUGGAUUCACAUCCUUGGGAGAUGAUCACAGAGCCAAGGAUGACUUCAUUGCUAAGCUUCGACACUUGGAGAGGUCUGGCCGUGGUGACCCGUUCGAUGCGGAUGAGACGAACAGUGCACCGGAAAGUCCGACUACAGCUCGUCCUCGAGGACGCAGUAUCGCAUCUCUAGACAGUGAAGAGGAUAUUUUGGAUCGUCGCAUGAAUGGACUUGCUGGUGGGCUGAUGGGUAUUGGGGAAGGAGCGCAGACUCCUGGCUUGUAA